CGCCAGUAAUUGCAAGUUGCAGUCGGUCUCCGCCGCGCUCGCUGGGUGCGCGCACGCAGCCUCCUUCCAUCCCUCGCCCGCAGUCGGGUGAACGACUCACCAACAAGUAUGCGUACGAGUCGCACGACACACCACCGCCACUUCGUGCCCGCUCCUUGUUUCCGCGAUCGUUGAUCAAUCUGUAUGUUUGGCUCCCGUUAACCGGAAGCGUCGGCUGCGUCACUGGCGUUUAGCUUAGCGUGCGUUUCGUUUUCGCUCGGGCGGUCACAUAGACUUGAUAGCGUAGGGGUUGUGUAAUAUCCACAUCAUUAACCGCGUAGACGUGAUGAUCAUGACGGCGAACGUUGUCGCUACAGUAUCAUCAGCGGGUGGGGAGGCUGGUCCCCCGGGCCCGGUGACCGAGGGUACCGACAUGAAAGGUGUUGAGGCGACGCCAGAAGAGCAGGAACGGCUAGCAACCGGAAACAACAAUGGGUCGCUGGACUGCAAGCACACGGCGGCCGACCCGCAGCCGCUGCAGGGCCGCUCCGUGUUCCACUCGACGCGGGUCUUCAUGUUGGUGUUCCUGUCGGGCUGGAUCCUGCAGGGCAUGUUCCUCACCUACUUCGUCAGUGUAACGACCACAAUAGAAAAAUUAUUUAAAGUAGAAUCGAAGACGACGGGGACGUUACUAGCGGCCACGGAAAUAGGCCAGAUAUCUACAGCACUGAUCCUGACGUACCUGGCGGGGCGCGGGCACCGGCCGCGAUGGAUCGCCUGCAUGAUGAUCGUGCUGGCGGUGGGUGUGGUCGGCUGCAUCAUGCCGCACCUGCUCUACGGCACUCAGCUGCUCGAAGUGCACCAGGAAGCGCAUCAUGCCGGCGCCGGGCCUGUCUGCUACAGCUACCAGAACUCCUCCGACUUGUGUGAUGCCGCACACAUCAAGAGCUCGACCACGCGGUCCUCCAUCACCUCGGUUGUCAUCCCAUGGCUGUUCAUUUGCCUGUUGAUAGUGGGCGUGGGGCAGACUGGGAUAGCCACGUUGGGCAUUCCAUACAUAGACGACAACGUCGGCAGCAGGCAGUCACCACUUUACAUGGCUAUUACCAUCGGCAUAAGGGUGCUAGGCCCGGCAAUGGGCUUCCUCCUGGGAGCUCUAUGCACCAGGGUCUACGUGGACCCGCUGACAGACCCCGGAUAUGAUGCUAGUGACCCGAGGUGGGUUGGAGCUUGGUGGUUGGGUAUGGUGUUUGUGGCUUGCUUCGUGGUGGUGCUGUCCACACUGAUGUUCUGCUUCCCGCGUGCCAUCAAGCAGGACCUGAUACAGUUGCAGUCUGCCAAGAAGAUGCAGGAAAAGAAUGAACCGAUGUUCAAAGAUUUCAUCGAGACGAUCAAAAGGCAGCUUACAAACGACAUUCUGAUGUGGCGGACAGCUAGCUCGGUGCUCCACUUGAUGCCCAUCAGUGGGGUGUACAGCUUCUUGCCCAAGUACUUGGAGAAGCAGUUCCAGCUGCCCACCCAUGAAGCCAACCUUGUCUCGGGUAUGGGUGGUAUUAUGGUGAUGGGUCUCGGCACCAUUUCGGCAGGAUUCGUUAUACUAAAGCUGGUGCCUUCAGCUAGGCAGGUGGCCGCCUGGACAGCUAUGAGUGCUGCUAUUUAUAGUGCUGGUAUGAUACUGUUGAUGUUCGUCAGCUGUCCGGAGGAGAACUACAGGAUGAUCAGUGCAGGAGGCAGUAUUGCUAACAGUAGUAUGGAGUGCAGUUCCGGCUGUUACUGCGCUGAUGUGCCCUUCAAUCCUGUGUGUGGACAGGAUUCGUACACGUACCUGUCCCCAUGCCAGGCGGGCUGCCUGGGCAGCCACCAGCUGGACAACAACACCUGGGUGUACACCAACUGCUCCUGCAUCGACGGCACCGCGCGCGGACAGAAGGCAAUGCAAACAAUCGAGCGUUACAACCUACACAAUUCGUCGGAGGAGUACUUGUCGAACACCCUGGGUUUCGCAGUGAGCGGCGAGUGCGGCGGGUCGUGCUCGCAGGUGUACGUGUUCGUGGCCGUGUUCGCCACGCUCAUGUUCAUCCACGCCAGCGGGGAGGUCGGCGGCGUACUGCUCAUUAUACGCUGCACUGACAGACAAGACAAAGCGAUGGCGAUGGGAGUGAUCCAGUUUGCAAUCGGAGCAUUCGGCAACGUGCCGUGUCCGAUAGUGUUCGGCGCCGCCGUGGACGCCGCCUGCCGCGCGCGGGACGCCGUCUGCGGGAUACUCGGCGCAUGCGCAUCCUACGACAACGAUAGCUUCCGAUACUUUUAUCUUGGUUUAUCGUCAUUCCUAAUGUUCCUAGCUUGCAUAAUGGACAUUUUGGUGUGGAGCAAGGCGGGUCGCAUUGACAUGAACCCGGAAGAGAACCCCGCACCCGAAGGAUCCGUGUCACUCACAAACCCAUCCGAUACACAACUCUGACCUCAAACCAACUACGAGUCACACCUGUAAGUGACACACGACCUCAAGUCAAGGCAAUACGGUGCAAAUUUCAACCGUAAAAAAACUUCAACUUAGGCGUGGGACAAUGAACCUUACUUGUAAGUGUUACGGUCUAAAUUGCAACGACACUGAUCUGAAUAAAUCUUAGUCGCGGACAGUUAUUAAUUCUACAUGUAGUUUACCCAGUGGUAAGAUCGAUAAAUGCAACGACGCUGAUCCAGUUCAGCUAUCGGACAAUUGUGAAUCUUAUACUUGACUGUUAAAGUCGAAAUUUGUAUGCAAGAGGAUCUGAGAGUUGGUAGUUUUAGUAAAAUUUAUUAUCGUGUAAAGUUAAGGUGGAGUGAGGGGUUAGCAGUAAUGUGAAGGAUUGAGGGUCCACCAGUGGGCCCAGCGAUGUAAGUUACUGGUAAUGUGUUUGAUGUCCGUGUGUCGGCUAGACCGCCAUUGUGAGCCAUAUUACAACACAGAACAAUGCAUGCGUCAUAUUGUAUUUGGACAAAACCUAGCUACUAUUUGUACAUACUAAUUAACAUAAGCCAAUAUUUUGGUUAUUUAUUAGAUUCUUGCUAAUAUUACCUUUUUAGUAAAAUGCCAGUGUUAUUGUUUGAAUUAUACGGUUUCCAUGGCAACCAUAAACCUGACUGAACAAUGAGAUACUUGUAUCGUGCAUUUUAUUAUAAAUCUGUGCAUUUUAUACACUAGUUACUUUACCGCAUAAGUAUGUGCUCAAUUUUGUAAACAUAAUAAAAAAAUAAAACUACAAAUGGGUUCUGGCA